GCUUGUUUGGAUUAUACUGGACUUGUAUCUUAAAUAAAAAAUGGAACCGUGUAUGAACGCACAGAAAUGGAGAAGGUACGUUUGGUUAUUCCUGAUUAUUUUUCACUAUUAAACCCAGUAUUUGGCGUUACUCACUACUCUAUUCCAGAGGAAAUGGAGGUGGGAUCUGUUGUAGCAAAUUUAGCCACUGAUCUUGGUUUGGAUAUACAGAGUCUGACGAAACGCAAGAUGCGCCUAGAUGUGAUAGCAAAUAAAAAAUAUCUGGAUGUAAAUAAAGAAACAGGAGAGUUAUUCAUCGUCGAAAGGAUUGACAGAGAAUAUCUCUGCCCAUCCAAAACUACAAAUUCUUGUUUUCUAAAGCUCGACGCUACAAUCGAAAAUCCAAUUAGGAUGUUCAAUAUUGAACUAGAAAUAUUAGAUAUCAACGACAAUGCACCCCACUUUCGACGAGAUGUCAUGCAUUUGGACAUUUCUGAAUCGACACCAGCCGGCGAGCGUUUCUCACUGAACAAUGCAGUGGACUCCGACAUUGGAUCUAAUUCAAUUAAGACUUACUAUCUUAGCGAAAGUGAUCAUUUUACUAUCGAAAUACAGUCUGGUCGAGAUGGAUCUAAACUAGCUGAUUUGGUAUUGAAAAAAGCAUUAGAUCGCGAAGAACAAGCAGUUCAUAAUCUGAUUCUCACUGCUGUAGAUGGCGGAGUGCCUUCACGCUCUGGGACAGCUAAUAUUAUUGUCCAAGUGCUAGACACUAAUGACAACGCCCCUCAUUUCGAUAAAGACAGCUAUACUGUACAUUUAAGUGAAAAUUCUCCAGUAGGAAGCCUUGUUGUUAAGUUAAAUGCAACAGAUUUGGAUGAAGGGCCAAAUUCCGAAAUAAUAUACACAUUCAGUUUAUAUACCUCCGAGAAAACGCAAGAGAUGUUCAAUUUGAAUUCAGAAACGGGUGAAAUUCGAGUCAAAGAGAUGAUUAAUUAUGAGGAUUUCAAGAUCUAUGAUAUGGAGAUAAUAGCAACAGAUAAAGGAGCUAAUAGUCUGUCUGGAAAAUGUAAACUAACUAUUUUAAUCACAGACAUGAACGAUAAUCAUCCUGAAAUUUCCAUCAAAUCAUUUUCUGGCCCUGUUAAAGAGGAUAUAGCUGUAAAUACUGUAAUUGCAGUUGUUAGUGUGAGUGAUAAAGACUCAGGAGAAAAUGGACAGGUAGAUAUUCAUAUUUUUGAUGAUUUACCUUUCGCGCUUAAAGAAACGUCUGAUAAUUAUUAUGAAUUAUUAGUUUCAGAACCGUUAGACCGUGAAAAGGUUCCAGAAUAUGACAUCACUAUUACCGUGACUGACAGGGGCAUCCCGUCGUUAUCUGAUAAUGAAACUAUAACUUUAGAGCUGCUGGACGUUAACGACAAUGUUCCUCAGUUCCCACAGACAUUCUACACGAUACCUGUUAUGGAGAAUAACGCGCCUGGAGCUUUACUGAGCUCUUUAACUGCUAUAGACCCAGAUCUCCAUGAAAAUCAGUAUUUAGUCUAUUUUAUCAUAGAGAAGGAAAUAGUGAACACCUCCAUGUCCAUGCUGUUCUCCAUUAACCCAGAGAACGGGAAUCUUUACGCGCUAAAGACGUUUGACUAUGAGAUAGAGAAGGAGUUUCUUUUCCACAUCGAGGCCAGAGACUCUGGCGUUCCUCCGCUCAGCAGUAACGUGACCGUUCACAUUAUUAUCAUGGAUCAGAACGACAACACACCGCUUAUAGUGUCUCCAUGGCGCGCGCACGGCUCGGUGGUGGAGGAAAAGAUCCCGAGAUCCACCGAUAAAGGGACUCUGAUAUCCAAAGUCAUCGCCAUAGACUCUGAUUCAGUGCACAACUCUCGAAUCACGUACCAGUUUCUCCACAACACUGACACGACAUUAUUCAGCUUGGAUCAAUAUAACGGAGAGAUCCGGACCAUGAGAAUGUUCAGUUACAGAGACUCGCGCCACCAGCAGCUGGUUGUGAUCGCCAAAGACAACGGAGAGCCCGCCUCUGCUACAGUCACCAUCAAACUGUCCACGGUGGAGACCGCCCUUAAAACCUAUGCUGACAUGACUGAGGUGCCUUUGGGAUAUGACAUCUUCUCCGAUUUAAACCUGUAUCUGGUGAUCGGACUGGGCUCUGUUUCAUUUCUUUUACUCAUCACUAUAUUGGUCACCAUCGUGCUGAAGUGUCAGAAAACGAAGCCCAGCAAAGCGGCUCCUCCGAGCAGGAACAGUGUGAUCAGCGAGAGGAACUCGACCAUCGCGGAUUCCACUCUGGUCUCCAACGAUGCCUACUGGUACAGUUUAUUUCUAGCAGAGACCAGGAAAGGAAAGCUGGUGGUCAGACAGCCUGUGCCAAAGGGAUCGAGAUAUAUCGUGUCCAGUAUACCGAGGAGCACAGGAAUGACCGAGACCAGCGACUCAGCUGCUUCUACUCUACAGGUGAGAUCACUUUUAUAG